AUGGCUGGUGGCUCAGAAAACUUUGUGCAAGUCGUGGCUAAGAAUUUGGACAUUCUCGCUUUACCUCUGGUCACCCUCCUUUAUCCACUGGCCAUAGAGACCAAAUCUCGCAGCGAUGACCAACAAUGGCUCACAUACUGGGUCCUUUAUUCUAUGAUCACACUCUUCGAGCUCACCUUUGCCAAGAUCCUCGAAAGGUAA